AUGACAACAGAAAGGUUGUUCAGUCACACCAAGAGGCAGGACGUGCUCAUCAGUCGCUCUCUCGGAGAAACUGGUGAAGACUUGAGCAUGUUCACUGCCUCAGCUCUGCUGCCGAAGCACAGUCCGGCCACCAUCCUCAAUACAGUGCAGCGCAAGAAGAACAAGGAGAAGAAGAACCGAGAGAUCAAAGAGCCUGAGAAACCAGGACAGGAGAGCAUCCGCAAAAACAGGGAGAACUUUACCAGAAUGGACAAGCUCCACAUGGCACUGACGGAACUGUGCUUCGCCCUCAACUACUGCAACAUCAUCACUGUGUGGGAACACGGCUUCGUGCCCAGAGAGUUCUUCCUUCAGCAUCUAGAGACGAGAUUCAACAAAGCUCUUGUUGGGAUGAUGAUGUACAACCCAGAGACCAGUGAGAUCGCCAAGCCCUCGGAGCUCCUGAACGGCGUGAGAGCCUACAUGAACGUACUCCAGAGUAUAGAGAACUAUGUUCAUAUCGAUAUUGCCCGAGUCUUCAACAACGUCCUCCCCCAGCAAACACAAGCCACCGACAGCACCGGAGAGAAGACUGUCACAUCCAACUAUACAAACUGGUACCUGGAGGUGCUCCUGCGUCGUGUGACGGUCAACAUCGGUCAGAUUGUCUACUCCCCCAGCCAGAAGGCAUUCGUUAGCGUUUCCUCAGACGGAGGUGCGCCCUUUGCUGCGGAGGAAUACGCUGAUCUAACAGAGCUGCGAGCGCUGGCGGAACUGAUUGGUCCAUACGGGAUGAAGUACAUGGGGGAGAGACUGAUGCUCAACAUCGCCAGCCAGGUGGACGAACUCAAGAAACUUGUAAUUAUCAACAAGGAUGUGCUGAACAAGCUCCGGACCAGCUUUGAUAAUCCUGAUACGAUGAGAGAACUGUCCCGGAAGCUACAAACGUCACAUAAGAACGCCUCGAGUGAUGUGGACAUUGUGCUGAUGCGGAUGACCAUGGUUGGAGUGCUGUUGGCCUUCAGGGGACUGGCACAGGAAGCUCUCAGAGACGUAUUGGGAGAUAGGAUCCCCUUCCUGAUGGGCUCGGUGAAAGAUCUCCACCAUUACGUACCCAACACAAAGGAUGCCAUGCCUGCCUCUUUGAAAAUCCAGAAAAGUGACAAAAGCAAGGUUGUCAAUGAGUUGGCGUCUUCCGCUGGCUUGACAUGUGCCGUGGACCCCACGCUCUGCAACGCCCUCCGAACUCUCAAGUCAGAGCAUGCCGAGGAUGAGUACUCCCUGGCCUGUCUGCUGAUGGUGUUUAUCGCAGUGUCCAUCCCCAAACUGGCCAAGGGGGACGCAGCCAAGUACAGGGCUCACUUGGAAGGUCAUCGAAACAACAGCCACUGCUUGGCCAAGGCCAUCAACUCACUGGCGGGGGCUCUGUUCACCAUCUACGGACCUGGAGACGUUGAGGACCGGUUGAAGGAAUUCCUGGCACUGGCGUCCUCAAGUCUGCUGCGUCUGGGCCAGGAGCAGGACAAGGAGUCCAUCAAACAGAGAGAGUCUGUCUACCUGCUGCUGGACCUGAUUGUGCAAGAAUCACCAUUCCUGACAAUGGAUCUGCUGGAGUCAUGCUUCCCCUAUGCCCUGUUGAGAAAUGCCUAUCACUCUGUAUACAAGACAUCUGCAGGCGAUAACUGAUUUAUUCCACCUACCACUCAGAGUACAAGACAUCUGCAGGCGAUAACUGAUAUAUUCCACCUACCACUGAGAGUACAAGAUGCCUGCAGGCGAUAACUGAUAUAUUCCACCUACCACUCAGAGUACAAGACAUCUGCAGGAGAUAACUGAUUUAUUCCACCUACCACUCAGAGUACAAGACGUCUGCAGGCGAUAACUGAUUUAUUCCACCUACCACUCCGAGUACAAGACAUCUGCAG